AUGGCAGCUGCUGCCCACCCGUCGGAGUUAGCGCUUGAUUGGGAAUCUUGUGUGGCUAUCCGCUCUAGAUUCCGUCGAAAUGUUUCAUGGAUUCAGUGGCCGGUCUCCCCGGCAGCUUUGGAUACUAGCCAUGCUGCUGGAAAUGAGGAUGGGGUGCCAACUGAUGAGUUGGACGAUGUGCCUAAACGCCCUGUUUGUACAAAGGCACUGGAGUUGAAUGCCGAUGCCUUGCAGUGCAUGUUGGAGUCUUACAACGGUAGCUUCGUUGACAUCCCCCUGCUUCAGGGUGAGGUGCAGUCACUCUACAAGAUGAUGAAGCAUGACACCGCCAACCCGAAGAGGGACAGUUACUGUGAUGCUUGGGAUUUGCGACGCCUUUAUACGUUCAGUUUCCGCAGACAGCUGGACACCAGCAAGAGGGGACAGAAGCCUCGGGACGCCAAGGUUCGCAAGCUGUUCUGCAAGAUUGCAGAGUUCCGCAAGUUUUGGAAGCUUCAGGAGUUGGAAUGGGCAGGGGGGACUGAGCAAGAGUUUCAGGCAGCUCUUGCUGAGGAUGAUGUUGAGUAUACCACGGAAAACCCAGAGUCCCCAGCCACACCAGCAGCUACCCCGAGCCCAGCAGAUACCCCAGCCACCACAGCAGCGACCCCGGCAGCCACCCCAGCAGCUUCCCCAACCCCUGCGGCAAAUCCUGAUGGGGGCCCAGCCAAUGAAAUGGGGAGAGCUAGUUCUUUGGUGUCUGUUGCAUCUACUGAGCCAGAGUCAGAGUCGGUAACGGCGGUCCAACAACAACUGGCCGCCCUGGGCAUUGAUGAGAAUACUUUGUCCGCCGACCAGCAAAGGGAGCUUGAGGUGGAGCAACCGCCCGAUGGUGUCACACCCUCUCUGCAGCAUGAAAUGCGCACCAAGCAGAAGAAGGGUAUGACAAGGGGCAGGAAGGCGAAGAAGGAUAAAAAGGGUGGGAAAAGGGCAAAGAAAACUGGAACUCCCAAGAAAGAUGGAAAGACAGCAGCAGCAGCAAAGAAAGCAAAAGCAGAUUCAGGUGAAUCGAUCAAGCGCUCCAACAGUGGGAAGCACAAGAUUGCCACCCUGCGCCGCAUGAAAGAACUGAGCCCAAAAAAGUCCCAUCCUGACCUUGACACCUCACCUGACACUGAGUCCCAGCACAAGCGCAAGGCAAUGAAGAAGCACCCAGCAGUUGACAAUGAUGAAGUUUGUGGCAAACGUCGCAAGCGACCAGCCUCUCCCGCACCGGCAGCACCCAAGGGGAAGGGGAACACCAGCAAGGUUAAGUACGAGACCUGGGUUGAGAAAGCAUCAGGCAGUGAGGGCCCGUCCACUUGGGUACAGGUAGCAACAAAGGAGGUGACAAAGGUUCACCAGGAUCGGGUUAACAAAGGGAAGACAUGGAGGUAUGCAGUCUUGGAUGGCCAGGUCUAUGGUUGUUCCAAUUGCCGCUUUAUCUACAACGGGUGCAGCCUGUGCCGCAAAAAAACUUUUCGAGGAAAGUCAGCGAAACAGGUUUGGGACGAAGAGGACGGACCCAUGGUUCCAAGCGCAGGAUCUGAGGCAGGUGGAAAGGUAGCCAAAAAGGCAAAGAAAUCCAAGAAGGGCGGGAAGAAAACCAAGGGAUUGCUCGUCCAUAUCUUCGCUGCUUGGAAGAUCUUCGCGCUACGGCAGCUUCUGCGCAAGUUGAUGAUCCUGGAUGCCCCACUUGUCUACGAGGCGAUCGAAGUGUUCGCUGGAGUUGCGACUCUGAGCCGCUGUCUGACAUUCCUGGCCAUGUACUUGGUGAUGGCCAAACAGGGGGUGUGGGUGCUGGAGCAACCUGCUUCAAGCAUAGUCUUUCGUAUGAAGAGGUUCCAACAGUCUUUCGACAAUCGUUCUGGAUGCGUGGCUGGGGUUCACGCGCCAAAUCCGGAGCACAUCCUCGGCGUGCGCGUGAUCCCACUUGAGGGUGUGAAUGACAUGUGGGCAGCAGCCAAGAAGCGUCUCGAAGCUUUGAAGGCGAAGAAGGUCGCUGCCAGCGAUUCGAGCACUCCUGUCACGCCGCCGCCGGUGCGUGGGGUUGACAAGAUCAGUGAGCCUACGACGAAGCAGGUUCAAAAGGCAUUGCCUGCUGCAGAUGCGACAGAAGACGAAGAGAAGGACUUGGCGGCCAAGAAGCAAGCUGCCAUGGAUGCUUCCCUUCGUCGCAUCUGCACUCCCAAGCCUAGCAGUGGGAAGCUUGAGGUUUCCAUGGAGAUUUACCGUCAGUGGAAAGCAGGGGGUGCCCAAAGGAAAUGUCUUUUGGAUACCUUGGUCAAAGCUGGGGGCAACAAGGAUGUGUUCAAGAAACAGCUUGAACACCUUCAAAAGAAAUCCCGCCGACACACGUUGAAUGUGGAGAAGGGCUUCUACACCAAAGAGGCUAUGAAGACAAAGCUUGGUUGGAGCAAGCGGGACAAAUACGAGAACCACAUCAGGGAGUAUUGGGUCGACACUGCCACAACGGGUAAGUUUGAAGAUGAGAAUGAAGAGUCUUUUCUGGAUCGCACCAGCGGAGAAGGGCAAGCAACUUCCUUCGACAUGGGGCUCCCGGCCAUCAGCCAGACAUGUCACAGCCCAGGUGCAGAACCUGAGGACUCUUCGGAUCAGGAGCUGGAGGAGGAGGAAGAUGGGUCCAGUGUUAAGACAAGGAUCCCCCGCAAAGGUGAAGUUGAACAGGAACAUGCCCUUGAGGCGAUUGAGAAUGUCAGCACUGUCAUGGCGAACAUCCUAAAAGUCCAAGCCCGAUUGGACAUUUCCAAAGACAAGCUUGCUGAAAUGAAUACCACUGAAAGCCUUGCGAUCUCUACCUGCAUUAGGAGCCACAAAAAGGUGACGCAGUUCCGUGACCAACUGAUCAGCCUUCAUGAUGAACUUGCGGAUUUGAAGUCAUACUUCGAUGGCCAGAAGAACAUCUCAAAGGCUGAUGACCAGAAGGUGACCCAGCUUCACGGCUUAAUCCAGAAGAUUGAGACCGAGACACUUCUGAAGCCAGUGAAGGCUGUACGGGGCACACCGCCCGGUGAGGAGUCUAAGGCUAAUCCAACAGCAAAGUGCAAGGCUAAGGCAAAGGCUGGCAGCAGAAAGAAAGGUCCUGUGAUGGAGGGCAUGAAGUCCAGAAAACGAUCUGGUCCUGCUGCAAAGGCACUGGCAGGAGCUGUGGCCAAUGGGGCGACCCGGCUGUCCAGAACAGGGCAUGAGAAUCGAUUUGUGAAUUCUUUGUCCGAUUAUGGUUUAGCUGCAGAAAUACCUUUGAGCUUCGUGGAUGUGGGCUUGAAGGGCGAGAAGGCCAUUGCAUUCCGAUUUCAAUUCAUUGUGAUGAAGGAACCUUCUUUGGUCGCAGCAAUUCCUUUGAAUGAUUGCGAUAAGGCUGCCUUCUUUCGGUUUGACAUAUUUCAUGCUCUGCACAAGGGCUUCAUGGGAGACAUCGCAGCCAACGCCACGGUUUGCCUCUACGAUCAGGCGGUCUUCGGGGAUCUUUCGUUCGAGAACUUUUGUGAG